AUAAGAGAAUCGAUUUGUAUUGUAUCUUGAAUUAUAGAAUUCAAGUCCUUCUAUCUAAAUCAAAGGUCAAAAUCAAAAUUUCAUCUUGAUGGCAGGUCGUUUUCAUGUCUUGUUUUACAAAAAUAAUUAGUUUUAAAAAAGAUUUUCUUUUACACAUUAUUGAAGAAAAAGACGUUCCACGAUCUCCUCAUUCGAUUGAUGAAAACCGCAGAUCUCUAGCUAGUUAUUUUUGAUUAAAUUUAGGAUCCAAUGACUCAUAUUGAAUUUGCUGAUUUUAAUGAAAGUGUAACUCGAACAGAUUUCAUUUUGGAUGAUAAUUGUCAUGACACAAAAAUGAAAUUCAUUGCUGGAUUCCUAGGUAUUGGUCAGAAUCCAAAGACAGGUGCACUUCGUCCAUGUCUCGGUUGGGCAACGGCAUUGCCAAUAUGA